AUGGACAUGAGAUGUACCAAGUUCUGGGAGGAUGGUCAGACGUUAGUCGCAGUUGCUGUCUCUGGACCAGAAGCUACUAGUAGAAUGAAAAAAACACAGGACAUGAUUUGUAAGGAGCUACGUACCGUAAGUCGUUUCAUUCAGCGCAACCAAAGCCAACGCUUCAGUGACGCGGCACAAAACAAGCUUGUUGACUGUAUAGGACACUAUGUGGGGCUGGGCAAACAGGGAAGUAUGAUAAUGCCGGUAGCAGAAGCGCUGUUUCAGACGGUGAAAGAUGGACUAGCCAUGCCGUGUAACGUUGUUGGCACGAAGCAGAAGAAACGCUUACUGAAAUGGUACAACGAGCUCAUUGCAAUUGUCGGUGGCGACCCAGACGCGACAAUUGGUGGUGAGAUUGACGUGAAGCCGUGCAUCGAGUGGACUGUCAUGGACAUUGACGAGGAUGGAUAUCUUUCCCUUUUACAAGUGGAAACAGGUGAGUCGAACGGGAAUUUCCAGGUCAAGACGGAAAGCACAGAGUACAGACGCAUCAAGAAGGCGUUACAUAACAAUGAAGUCACCGUUAUCACUUGGGGCGACGAGAUUGAGGAGGUCCGUAUAGAGGACGAGUAA